GUGCGUGGAGCAGGACAGCGGGACCUAGGCCGGUCCUCAGCGGAUAUCUCUACAGGGUCGCUCUGGACAGCGCGCCCUUGCUGGUUUCCACUCCUCAGAAGCGACUUCUCACAAUGGAGCAAUUUCCUCGUAGAGACCGCAGUGGCGGGUGCCGACCCCAUCUGGGCCCAGGGCGGGCUGUUGCUCCCGCUUCGGCUGCGCGGUCGGUGUCGUCGGGGAUCCCGGUGUCCGCGACUUUCCUAAGGCCGCCUGGCCUUUUUCUGCGAUCCACCGCAAGUGCGGGUCGCGCAGGAUGCGUUCCGGGUCCUGGGCUGGAUAGGGCGUUGGGGGCGGUGGGCUGCGGCUACCCGCGGACCCCGAAGUGCGCCCGUUGUCGCAACCAUGGCGUGGUGUCAGCGCUCAAGGGCCACAAGCGCUUCUGCCGCUGGCGGGACUGCGCGUGUGCCAAGUGCACCCUGAUCGCCGAGCGCCAGCGUGUCAUGGCCGCGCAGGUGGCGCUGCGCAGGCAGCAGGCGCAGGAGGAGAGCGAGGCCCGUGGGCUGCACAGGCUCCUGUACCAGGGGCCAUCGGGGCCCGGGGCUCCAGCCUCGGGGGGCAGCGGCAGGACCGAGAGUCCCCAGGUUUUGAGUAGCCCCAUGACUGUAGCUGCUCUGGGAGCGGGUGCCUCUAGACACCCUGGGAGCCGGUCUGUCCCAGCUUUCGAGGUUUUCCAGCAAGAUUUUGCUGAGAGAAAGCAGGAACCAAAACAGAGUAACUGUGAGUCAUGCCAGAGUAGACACGAAGAACCAGUCUCCAACACUCAUCACCGUUCUCCGGGAUCAUCUAACGGUAAUGUUACCAUGGAGAAACAGGGCUUCAUGUCAUCUAUUUCAGAACAGUCGGACAAAUCGACCAUCAUCCUGUCUCCUUGCCCCACGGAUCAGUCAGGAGGAGAAGACAGCCCCAGGUCCUUCUCUUCCUCUGACCUGGAAUCAGGGAAUGAAAGCGAGUGGGCCAGAGACUACACUGCUACCACAGCCAGCCUUUCCACGGUGACCUCAAGACCACGAGACCCUCUCGGAAUUCUUACCAGGAUUUUUCCAGGUUACAAGCGUAGCCGCUUAGAAGGCAUCCUACAGUUCUGCAAGGGAGAUGUAGUCCAAGCCAUUGAACAGAUCUUAAAUGGGAAAGAACAUAAGCCAGACUGCAGGGACCUAGCACAUGCAGACUUGGAAAAUGCAGCCUUUCAGAGGGCUUCAGAUUUUAGUCUUGCUGGCAUUGGCUUUGGGACUCUAAAUAAUAAAUCAGCUCUCUCUCCUCUUGAAGCUGCGUCUGCUGCUUACGGAGGAGAUUCAUCUCUCUACAGUUUCAAUCCUAGGCUAGCUUUCAGCCCACUGCGCCUGGCAUAUUCUUCUCCAGGAAGAGCACUGUCUGGUUUUAUGUCGCCUUACCUAACGCCUGGACUCGUUCCAGCAUUGCCUUUUCGGCCAACUUUGGAUUAUGCAUUUCCAGGGAUGAUUAGGGAGCCGCCCCACCUUCCUAGCAAACAUUUAGUAACUGGUGGUAGACUGUAUUUCAGGCCCAAUCAGGAGCACCUGUAACAUAUUCACUCUACCAUUCUGUGGUGUUUCUGGAGCCAUGCAACACAUACACACACAGGCACGCACACACGCAUGUACGCACACACCCUUAUUAAUGUACUUCAAAGAGCAUAAGAAUGACCUCUCAGUCUUAAUUGCUAUUUUUCUAAGCAGUGUAAUAUAUUUUAGAUUUUCUUUAGCAUUUAUUAAAUCAAAAAGCAUUUAAUCAUUAUAUAUGCCUUGAAUAAACUUAUUUCAGGAAAUACUAUUAUUUUAAACUAAUGAAUUUUCUCCCUAAAUUAUCACUUUUAUUAUAAAGUCAUACAUGCUUUUAUUUUAUUGUACAGUUGGGGUUAUAGUUGUGAACAUGUGUAAAAAGAAAUUCGUAUGGCAGAAUAUGAACCAGGAGUGGGAGAUUGUGGUUAUUAUUCUAAAACAACUCUAUCUUCCCCUCUUCCUUUUUCCCUCCCGUCUUUUCCUCCUCCACCACAGAUGAGCCAGAAAUUGUUCCAAGUAUUUAAAAACAUUUUAUUUGCUGAUAAAUGACCAAUAGUAAGCAAUCCUAAUAAAUUUGAAUAUAUUUUUUGGAAUGUCCGUUUUUGUACUCUUUAGCUACUAUUUGUAGAAAGGAAAUAUUUUUGAAUGUUCUCUUUAAAGUUAUUGUAAAUGCACAAAGAACUUUAGGGUCAUAAGAAGCAAGACCCUGCCCUCUUCUGGCCACUAUCACAAACUGCAAUUCAGUUCUGAGAAAACAAGUGGUUUUCUAACUGUUACAGACUAACACGUUUGUGAAGUAACCAUUUUGGAUCAUGGUGUAUUUAUUUUCAUGUUUUGAAAUGUUUUCUCUUAAGGAUAAUUUUUGAGUAGCUUAUGCUUUUAUCUGGGGAUACAGUCCUUAUCAUUUGUUUUAGAUAACUUGUCACCCAUUCUCAAAGGUAAGAAGAAAUUAUUCAACAACCAAGUUAUCUGCUCAGAUAAAUAUCUACUGAUUCUAUAUAAAGUAUAUUUAAUGUAUUUAGUAGAGACAAAAUUUCCAAAGGUCAGUAAAACUUGCUGCCUUUAAAAACUUAGUGGUGUUCUAGAGUCUUAAGGCAUCCAUUUCUUUCCCCACCUGGAGCAUUUAAAAUCAUCCAUCUAGCAUUUCAAUUCAGCCACUGGGAAGCCCCAGGAAAAAACGGCUCAUGGAACACCUGUACAAUGUUUUCCUCAUGUGCCUUAAGUUUUAAACGGACAAUGGCUUCACUGUAUUGUGGAGAAUAAUGAAGACUCAGAUGUGGUAGGAAUUGGAGAUAUCUUUAUCUGAGCAGCAAGAAUCACUAGACAUUUUUUAAAAUUAUUUUUACAUAUGUGUGUCCUUUCCACUAAGCUAAUAAGUUUUCACAGUGUAUUUUACCAAAAAAAAAAAAAAUCUAAUGCAUGACUGGAGAGUAUCUCAUGCUGAUUUGGAAUGCAACGUGUUUAACAAUUUGCAUAAAUGUUAAUGGAGCAGGAUGGAGGAACAGUCUGUAAAAUGUAGGUGGAUACACUGCUCACCUUUUGUGUGCAAAACAAAAUGGAGAAACCCUUCAGGCUCAGAGCCUGAAUACUGUACGAAGUCUGGCAACCAAUUGCUCUGCAGCCAACAUAUAUUAAGAUCAGACUGAUUUUGGAUGAUGGCUCUUUCAACCAAAUGAUUCUACCAAGUGGCCCGUUAGUACACGACUGUGAGUAGUUUCCUGAGAUUCUAUGUCUCCUAAAAUGUAUUCAGAUCAGGACACUUGGUGACCCUAGAGUUGUUUUUAUUUUAUGAAUCUACUAUCUACAUUCUAUUUUUGAGAUACAGUAGAUCCUGUUCAGGACGUCAAAUGUACAGUAUGAUGUAAAGAGAGCUUUAGUAAAUGGCAGAAAUCUGGAUGAAAAGUACAGCAAUUCUAGCAUUGCUGGAUUCUUCAUAAAAUUAACAUAACAAUGUGAGCAUAUUGGCUGUGUGGUGAUGGCCACCUUUAAUCCCAGCAUUCAGAAGGCAGAGGCAGAUAAAUCUCUAAGUUAAAGGCCAGCCUGGUCUACAAAAUGAGCUCCAGAACAGCCAUGGCUACAUAGAGAAACUCUGUCUUAAAAACAAAACAAAACAAACAAUAACAAAAACAUGUGGACAUAUUAUUUUAAUUAUCUAAAUAUUAAGUUAAUUUUCAUGAUGCACUAUAUAGUCUAAACAAUUCAUACCACUCUUAAGACCUAAAUAACUUUAUAAAAUAGGAAAUUCUUCCAACUACCAGCUAGACAUUGAGGAAACCGAAGCUCAGAUCUGUAUAAUCAGUCCCAAGGGUAAUAAUAGUAUGAGUUACCAGGAAGGCUUUCUUACUUUAGUAAUUUGAGACUGUUAGAUAUGAGAAAGGAUUAUGCAUGUUUCGUUGCAGCUUUGUGUGGUGUCUGAUGCAUAAUAUGUGGCAAAUAGUACCUCAUUAUUUACUGAUUAAUAAAAGUAUUAGAUG